AUGCCUGAAAACACGGUCAUUGACGCUAGCAAGACAACCUUUGGUGUAGGUAUCACCAACGGAGGAUUCUAUCAUGCUCGAACAGUGGUUCAAGCUAGUCCACAUAUCGAUUGGGUAAUCAUCGACUGUGAACAUGGAUUGACGUCGUUAAAUCCUGGAGUGGCUGAUCAGGUCGCGGCCAUUCAAGCUGAAGGAAAACCUGCUUUGGUGAGGAUUCCGGCGACAGGAGUGAGCACGGGGACAAGCUGGCAGAUCAAGUAUUGUUUGGAUGCUGGUGCGAAAGGUGUAAUCGUACCGAAGGUUGCUACCCCAGAGAAGGCCGCAGAAGUAGCAGCAGACUGUCGUUUCCCUCCAGUUGGUAGAAGAGGAUUCGGAAGCCCGUAUGGCCAUAUGAGCUGGAACAUGUCUUUUCAAGAUUACUUGGCCAAAGCCAACGACCAUAUACUCUGCAUCGUGCAAAUAGAGACGAAGGAAGGUAUGGAGAACCUUGAAAAGAUUGCAGCUGUGGACGGCGUCGAUGUUCUAUUGCUGGGUCCUGCGGAUCUCUCGAUGGCUUAUGGAUAUUCAAUUCCCAACCCUGAUCCUCAUCCAGAGGUAGAGAAGAUGAUCCAACGUGUUAAAGACGUUGCCCAUGCUUCUGGGAAGACAUGGCGAGCCUUUCAUGCUACUCUUUUGAAAAUUUCUGACCCAGGUUCAGUAUGA